AUGUUUUCUCAGCUUAGUGCUGAAAAAAAGGCUGAACUGCUACAACUUAGCAUUGUAGCAGGUGCUACUGGGGGUCUUAUUUUGUGCCAGAAGAAACAUCUAAAGUUGACGGGGGCAAAGAAGACAGAUAUACGUUCCCCAUCUCCUUCUCCACUUAUUCCACUUUCCAAUAACCUUCCUGAUCCACCCACCGUUCGUUCACCAUCUCCAGAUGAACUCCCCUCACUCGCUCAACAUUUCUAUGGCAUGCCUCCAGAUCCCUAUCCUUCUUCCAAUCAACCGCAAGCCAAUCAGUCCACCACCGUUCGUUCACCGUCUCUGGAUGAACUCCCCUUGCUCACUCAGCUUCUCUAUGGCAUGCCUCCAGAUCCAUCUCCUCCCAAUCCACCACAACCGAUACCAUCUGCUCCUACUUUAUCCCAAACUUCUCAGAGGCCAACAUGUCAGAGAAAACUCCCUCCGUGUUUCGAGGAUUAUGAUCUCAGCUUCAAAUCAACCUACCUAUCACAAGUAAUCGCCGAAUCUCAGCCUUCCCAGCCUCUUCAUCAUCGCUCUCUGGAUCCGUCCCCCAAGCCAUCUCCAUCCCUGCCUUUGCAGGAACUAGGGACUCCCAUCAAUCGCUGGUGUACACCACAGCAUGGACUGGGUAUAUACCAGAUAUAUCACUUCAGAUUACCUAGUCAGGAUCCUGAUGAAGACCUAACCAUUGACAAUCUUGUUGCGUCAAAUACAUUCGCUGAGCUUGCUGGAGACGCCAGAGAGGGACAUGAAAUGAACUGUUCAACAUUAGAACCACUGCACCCAACUAGUGGGGUUUUAAGGCUUACGUGGCAAGCUAAACAAUAG